UGCCACCACUACUACACUUUGCUCCCAUCUUCAAGGAGAGAUACAGAGAGAGAUGGCAACAUCGGCAUCAUCACCAUCUGUAAUUUCUUCUAAUCAUCAUCAAAAUCUUCGUAGCGUAUUUGUUUAUGGAAGUUUGCUAGCAGAUGAUGUUGUGAAAGCUUUAUUGAAUCGUGUCCCUCAGAAUUCUGCUGCCAUCCUUGACAACUUUAAAAGGUUCAGCAUAAAAGGACGUGUUUAUCCCGCAAUUCGGCCAGUAGAGAACACAAAAGUCACUGGGAGGGUUCUCUUGGAUAUCACAGAUUCUGAGUUGGACAUUUUAGAUAUAUUUGAGGACGAAGAAUAUGAGAGAAGCACUGUUGAUGUUUCUCUGAUAGAUACUUCAAAGAAGGUGCGAUCCUACACUUACGUUUGGGUUAACAAAAAUGACCCAAACUUGUAUGGAGAAUGGAAUUUUGAGGAAUGGGAGCAAUUACACAAGAAUGGUUUUCUUAAGAUGACAUCCGGUUUCGUGGAGGAGUUGGAAGGUCCGGAAUCAAAGCCAAGAGUCGCUACUUACGAAUCUUUCUAUCAGAAUGCCAAGGACUAGAAACUUCAUUUGUUGCCUUGAUGUCAACUUUCAAACCAUAUAUGACGUUUUCAAAACAUUACUUUCAAGUUUUGUCUUUGGACU